UUUUUGCAUCCGGGUUUUCGACUUUCGACGUCCAGCAGGCCGAAGCGAUGUCGCUCAACAGCAAGCAAGAGACCCUCGUGAAGAGCCUCGUGGACUUUACCAGUUGUUCGCGGACCGAGGCCAUUGCCCUCCUCAAGAAGCAUGCGUGGAACGUCUCGACGGCCGCCGACAAGUACUAUGAGGAGAACGCCAACAUCGCGAGCCUGACGAUCGUGAACGAGGCGACGAUUGCCGCUUGGUUUGACACAUACGCCGACUACGACGACCCGGACUGCAUGCUCGACGAUGGCAUCCUCAAGUUUUGCGACGACAUUGGCAUUGACGCCCAAGACAUUGUCGUCCUCGUCAUUGCGUGGAAGAUGCAGGCGGCGGCCAUGUGCACGUUCACGAAGAAGGAGUUUGUGCAGGGCAUGAAGGAGAUGGGGUGUGAGUCGGCGAGCCAGGUCGCGGCCAAGCUCCCCGGCCUCCGCGCGCUCCUCGCCGACCCGCAGAGUUUCAAGCCGUUCUACUCGUUUUGUUUUUUGUAUUCCAAAGACCAAGGCCAAAAGAGUCUGAGCAAGGAGAUGGCGAUUGCGAUGUGGGAGCUCGUGCUCGCCGAGCGCUUCCCGAAGACGAAGGACUGGAUCGCGUUCCUCGAGAAGCACAACAGCCACGGCGUGACGCGCGACACGUGGGACCUCUUCUUUGACUUUAUGCUCAAGGUCGAGACGUCCUAUGACGCGUACGACGAGAACGAAGCGUGGCCCGUCCUCAUUGACGAUUUUAUGACGCACAUCGAGGCCCAGAAAAAAUAGCUCCUCGGACGUAGCCCCUAAUGUAGUCCUUCUUCAUGAUUGCAUACAUCUCACGCGGACCCUACCCUCGC